UAAACAACUCAGACAUUUCUGAAUCUCUCAAGACACAACAAUGACAGAAACACAAACUAACAUUGAUCAAGAAGCAGGAACGAACUCUCAACCUUUGAUCCCAGGUUUACCAAACGAGAUCGCAGAGCUUUGUCUCCUUCGUCUUCCUUACCCAUACCACGCUCUCUUCCGCUCCGUUUCAUCUUCUUGGAACACAACAAUUACAAACCCUAGCUUCCUCCUCUCCAAGCAAUCCCUCUCCAUCUCUUCCCCUUACCUCUUCGUCUUCGCCUUCAACAAAUCAACGGCCAAGAUUCAAUGGCAAUCCCUCGACCUUUCAUCCGGCCGCUGGUUCGUUCUACCUCCCAUGCCCACCUCUUUCACCAAGAUCUCCUCUCCCCACGCGCUCUCCUGCGCGUCGAACCCACGUCAGGGAAAGCUUUUCGUCCUCGGAGGCGGCGAGUCCUCUCGCUCCGCCGUCGUCUACACCGCCCUGACGAACCGCUGGUCGUUCGCGUCUCCGAUGCUGAGUCCGAGAACGUACUUCGUCGCCGGGAACGUCGACGGUAAAAUCAUGGCCGUCGGCGGGAGUUUGGACGGGGUCGGAGAAGCCACGACGGAUGUCGAAUCGUACGAUCCGGAGAGCGACACGUGGAAGGAGUCCGCGAAGCUCCCGAUGGUGUUGCCGAAGUACGACUCCGCCGUGAUCGGGAGAGAGAUGCUGGUGACGGAAGGAUGGGCGUGGCCGUUCAUGUUUCCGCCCAUGGCACAGGUGUACGACUACGAUAAAGACACGUGGCGAGAGAUGAGGGGUGGGAUGAAGGAAGGGUGGACGGGUUUGAGCGUCGUGAUCCGGGGGAGGCUGUUCGUGAUCUCGGAGCACGGGAACUUCCCGAUGAAGGUUUAUUCAUCUGAUGAUGACACGUGGGAGUACGUGAGUGGCCAGAAGCUUCCGAAGGAGACGAUGCGGCGUCCGCUAGCUGUGACGGGAGCUGAAGACCGAAUGUUUGUGGUGGGUGAAGGGCUUAACGUGGCGGAAGGUAGAGUGAGUGAGAGGCAAAACGGGGAAUUUCGUGUUGUGUGGAGGAUGAUCACGUCGUCUCCUCAAGCUCGUACUCAACUCACACCUGCUAGUUGUCACGUCCUUUAUGUCUGAUUUUUUUUUUUCCCAAAUAAUUUAGGUUCAUAGUAGAUUCACCAACCAAUAUGAUGAUAUUAUUUUAUAUUUGAUAUUUUUUUUAAAAGGAAUUUAAAUCGUGUUAAUUAUAUUAUAUUUUUAAAAACAAAAAUAGAAAAAA